AUGGAAUCCCGUAUUCCAUUGAUACUAGGAGGUAUGUCAACAACUCAAAGAAGUGAGAGCAUUAAUGCAUUUUUUGAUGGUUAUGUGAACUCCAAGACUACACUAAAACAGUUUGUCGAGCAGUAUAAUAAUGCUCUGAGGGACAAGGUUGAAAAGGAAAGCCUUGCCGAUUACAACUCUCUUCACAAGCAGCUCGAAUGUGAAACUUCUUUAGAUAUGGAAAAACAUAUUCUCAAUUUGUAUACUGAAUCGAAGUUCAAGGAGUUCCAAGUUGAGCUGUUUGGGAUGAUGUACCGUGGGAUUAUAUUGGUUGAGAACAAUACGGAGUUCAUAAUGUUUAAUGUUGAAGAAGAUAUUGUGUUUGGCAGGAAAGGUAUGAAGAAAAUAGUGUUUACUGUGUUUUUUGAUGAAGUAACAUGCUUGGUGAAGUGUAGUUGUUGCAGCUAUGAAUUUAGAGAAAUAUUGUGCAGGCACGCAACCAUUAUGUUAAUCAGGAAUCGUCAAUAUUUGGUUCCAGCUCAGUAG